UCGGCUUUACUCACUGGAAACAACCUCCAGUAAACCUCCUCCCCUCCCCUCCUCCCCCAACACACACACACGGGGAGUUCUCCGGCAGAUACCGCUGCCGACACAUUCCUCUGCUCGGUAAGGAAACCCACACGCUCUUUUGGAUACUUUUUUAUGGAUUUUAAUGCCUGAGUUAAUAUUUUUUCAAGCACUACUUUCGGGUAGUUUGCGUAUCUUUUCUUUUGGCGACGAGCGGCUGCGGCGCUGGGCUGAGUGUAUCCACAAGCUGUGUAUAGGUGCUCUCUACCAGCCCCUCUCUGGAUGCAUCAGACUCCUCUUCCCCGGGGCCCUGGACCCGGUGUGUGACCCCGCCAUCCUCACCCCGCUCCCCCCCUCGUCUCCCCUCUCGCUCUGCUGCCGACUCUCUUCCACCUGUCCAAUCCCGCGCUCCUUUUCUGGGCCCCCUGCCUCUCGAUCAGCAGGGAGAGGCAGGGGGCCAUGGCAUGGCCAUGGUAACCUUUGCAGGACACAACCCCCUUGCCAUGAGCAGCAUCACCUCUCCAGAGGGCAGGGUUCAGGGGUCGAACUUUACCCCGCAUCAUUUCAAGCCCUUCAGCUCGCAUGAACACUACCAGCAGGUGAUGCGUGCACUGCAUAAGCUUCAGCAGAGUGGCUUUUACUGGGGAGCUGUCGGAGGCCGGGAAGCCAGCUCCCUGCUACGCUCUCAACCCCCUGGCACUUUCCUGGUCCGUGACUCCUCAGACCACCACCACUUCUUCACACUCUCUGUCCAGACAACUAAGGGAACCAAGAAUCUGCGAAUCCACAGUGAGGGAGGAGGCUUCUUCCUACAGCCAGACCCCCAAAAUACCCAGGAGCUCCCGCAAUUUGACUGUGUGCUGAAACUCGUAGCGCACUACAUGGGGAAGGGGCAAGAUACUGAAGGGACCAAGGAACGGGCGAGUGGGGACAAUCCAGGAGAGACAAAAACAAAGGCACACAAUGUUUAUCUGAUCCAUACCGGUGGGGAGAAAAUCCCACUGGAAUUGCGUCGACCCCUCUCGACUUGUCUCUCCAGCCUGCAGCACAUGUGCAGGAGGACGCUGAACAAUCAGGGCUUGGGGGCGUCUGAGCGGACUGAGCAGCUCCCGGACACACUUAGAGACUACCUGGAGGAGUAUGAUGCUCCUAUAUGACUGACAGGAACUGCGACAGGUUCUACUGCAUGGACCAAGUGCCAGGAUUACAGCACGGACCAGCUCUCGGUGAAUGCGAGAUUGUCUGUGUGGACAUAAACUGACCAGACUGAGCCUUAAGUGCUAACAUGAGGUCAGUUUUCCAGAAUCAGCUGAUCACUGAUCUACUCUGGGUCACCCGCUGACCUUCUGGGGAUGAGGAGUGUGAUUUGGGUAACCGACGAUUACCUCGUCCGUCCUGCUUUGCAAAAACACACAAAAACAAAAACACUGACCACUCAAGUGAGUGGCAGAUGAAGCCUGAGGUCAAAGGUCAACGUUUCCUAUGACUGACUGAGACGCAGAGCAGUGCCUCGUAGAAGAUUAACCUGACUGGUCAAUAUUAACGAUGGCAGCGAAAGGCAUGAUCAAUGCACCACCAGUGAUAUUUUGGUGGGUUUAAUGUGCUUCAAAGCUGCUGCUGUCUGCGUGACAUUUACAACUGGACAGACAAACGGCAGUGGGUAGAGAGAGUGGGGGGUGGGGGGUUUCAGAGAAAAGGCAAAGUCCAAACGAGGGGGGCCCUGUACAGAGAACGCACAGGAUUUGUUUGUCUGAGCGUGAGUGUGUGUGUGUUUGUGUUGUGGUGGUGCACACAUUUCCAUUGCUGCUUCCCGCAAGUGUUGCCUCAUAGAGGGGGAGUGGGACGGUCAUGCACUCUAGCUCCACAUAUGCAAACACACACCCACACCCUCAAACACACGCACAGGUAUAUAGACCACAUGAAGGUUUUGUUAGCAUGGGAGUUUUGGGGGGAUGGGGGGAGGUUAAAAAAAUAAUUACUAAGCAUUUUCUUCUCCUAUGUGUUCCUUGUUCCUGAUCCAUAACCAUUUGACUGCCCAGCCCCCCCUCCCCCUGCCUUUUUGUUUCAGAGAUGCAUGUAUGCUUUGACAGUGACAGAAAACAGGCCGCUCUUGCCGAGACAAAAGCUUUUUUACCGGGACAAAAGCCCUGGCAUGGGACCAAACAAAACAGCAGACCUUAUUUUUUAUCCCGACUGGCUGGAAAAAUGUCAGCGACACUGUAAAGCUCCUUGGGGGAAUGAUGAUAAUGGUGAUGAUCCCAAAGAUGCGGAGAGGGCAGAGGGAGGAGUGGGAUUGGGAGAAGGAAACUGAAAAGGAGGGGUAGACUUGGGGGAGAAAGGUGGGAGGAGACAUACUGGUAUACAGCUAAACAAAAACUCCGAUAAGAGGAAAUGAUAGAGCACAACAGGACGCCGCUCCUGUAAAUAUAACUGCCCUGUGUGAGGGGGAAAAAGAUUUUAGCUGAGUCUUAUUUCUGUCUUGGAUUAUCAUCUCCGGCUCAUUUCUAUUUGUUAAAAUGCCCCAGUGUGUUUGAAUAUCUGUCUGCCUUCUCCUGUAACUUCAGAAAGGAUUUGUAUUUUUUACUUUUUUGUCUACUUUUCCAUCAUAACCUCUGGAGGAGGAGAAGUGAACAGUUGGACUUGUCUGAAUGUUAAGGAUACACUACACUUUUCCCUCAAGUGAUUCUUAAAAAAGAAAAGAAAACAGCCUUUUGUAAACCAGAAUUCAAAACUUAGAUUUGAUCAAAAAAAGGAAGUGCUUUUGCUGUUUGACCCGUACCUGUGAUCCAUAUUGGAGUGGCAGCCUUUUAUGUUUUUGUCUGUUUGAGCUCACAUGGCCACUCGAGGCGAGGGCGGCACACUUUUUUUUUUUUUGGUCAAAUCUGGGUCACAUCAACACCAACUCUUUCUUCUUUUUUUUUUUAAAAAACAUGUGUUGCACCGGUGGACCACGUGUAUGUGAAUCAUAUUGUCUUUUAUAAAGACUCUCUCGCAACAGGCUGGCCACUAGUCUGGCAAUACAAGCUGUAAUACCUGAAAUGACAAAGCAUUACAGAAAUAAAUGAAAAGGAACGUUGCACAUAUUUAUAUUUCUAAAAUAUUUCAAUAAUUUAUAUUAAAAAGCACUAUUUUUACAAAAGUCAA